AUGGCAUCCUUGCCAUCGACUAUCAUCGUGGACCAGAGAUCUAAACUGGUCACCUGCAACCCUAUGCGAUGGGUCUGCUCGUGCUCAACUGUCGUUCGGAUCCACCUUCGUUCGGCUUUCACAAACGAGGUCGAUGUAGAGUGGAUGGAGUUCACGCAGCAGUUGACGAUCUUAGGCCUUUUGCUGAGCCUAUCCAACGAUGAUGCAGUUCGCGAAGUCACCAGUGAAGAUACUCCCCACGGUCUGAACUCGAUCAAUUGGGUCCAAACUUUCUUUACCCUGUGCAAAGACUCAUAUCUUGCACCUCACCUUGCUACUUCCGCAAUUAGUCUUGUCGACGGAAAAACAGGGCUUGGACAGGCCGCUGGCGCAGUCCUGGGGCAGUAUCAAAGCUUCAACUGA